AGCUGCAAAAUCCAAACUGCAAGGUCAUGGUGGACAACUGCUAUGGUGAAUUCGUCGAGACAUCAGAGCCUCCAAUGGUGAUCUUAUUGCUGGCAGCUUGAUAAAGAACCCCGGUGGUACCAUUGCGCCGUGUGGUGGCUACGUUGCCGGGAAGAAAGAUUUGGUUGCUGCAGCUGCAGCUCGCCUAUCUGCACCGGGCCUUGGGGUGGAGUUUGGGUCCGCACCUGGACAUGUUAUGCGAGCGAUGUUUCAGGGCUUGUUUCUUGCUCCGCAAAUGGUUGGAGAGGCAGUAAAAGGGGGUUUGCUAAUUGCAGAGGUCAUGUCAGCCAAGGGCUAUAGAGUUCAACCACUUCCAAGGGCGCCACGCCAUAAUAUUGUGCAGGCAGUAGAGCUUGGCAACAGGGAGAGACUCAUAGCAUUCUGUGAAGUUGUCCAACAAACCUGCCCAGUAGGAUCAUUUAUUACGCCAACCGCUGGGGAAACUCCGGGUUAUGCUUCAGAGGUCAUUUUUGCUGAUGGGACAUUCAUGGAUGGAAGCACAAGCGAGCUAUCAUGUGACGGGCCCUUAAGAGAUCCAUAUGCUGUCUUCUGUCAGGGAGGAACGCAUUGGACACAGUGGGCUCUUGUCCUGGGUGAAGUUCUGAAGGUCAUACAGCUGUUUGUUACCAGAACCAUGACUCAUUUCUGGACUGGAAGGUCAUAGCGCCGUUUGUUACCAAAAGACGUUCCAUUUCUUGAAAGGGAGCAGGAACCAUCAUCCUCACCAAAUUAUUUUUGUCGAACCCGAUGAGUGAUUUAAAGCAACAGUUGUCAAGGCUGUGAAGGAUCCGGCGGGCUUCAUCCUGAUGCAUUGGAUAGGUUCUGCCAUUGACUUGGCAGUUGAUGAGGUUACCGCUUUAAACCAUAGCAGGUGGUAUAGAAAUGCUUUGGAAUCGAUGUACCAUGCACCGGUUGUGUACCAACGGAUCCACUUUGCGUAUGUUUUUAUAUAUACUUGAAAUUUUGAAACUCAAUAGUUGGGAUCAGUUUUGUACGCCAUCCUCAUCUGGUUUCUAGCUAGGGUUCCUCCUAAGCUCAAGUAGCAAAUGUCAUCGUGCUUACCUCUUGCCACCGCAUCUGCCUCCUUCAUGUGUUGUUCUUGCACACAGUCACCAUAGAGGUGUCCAUUUCCUGACAUGGGUGCCAUUUUUUACAUUUUACAAGUACGUACUGUGUGUCUUUUGACUAUCAGGUUCCCUUAAUUACCCACACUAAUGCCCCGUUCCACCGCACAUCCCGUAUGCUCAAGUUAUGUUACUGUUAC